GCGCCUACGCCUGCGCACUGCGGCGCCUGGGCCGCGGCGUCCUCCGGUCACCGACCCGCGAUUCCCGUCGCCGCUGUCCGCACCCGCCCGCAGCCAUGCCGGACUCCUGGGACAAGGAUGUGUACCCCGAGCCCCCGCGCCGCACGCCGGCGCCCCCGCCGCACCCCUCGCUGCUCAACCCCAUACCCUACUUGACGAAAGCCUUUGACCUCAUCGUGGACCGGCCUGUGACCCUUGCGAGAGAGUUCAUAGAGGAGCAGCAUGCCAAGAACAAGCAGUACUACUACCACCGGCAGUACAGGCGUGUGCCAGAUAUCACUGAAUGCAAGGAGAAGGACGUCAUUUGCAUGUAUGAAGCUGACAUGCAAUGGAGAAGGGACUACAAAGUUGACCAAGAAAUUGUCAACAUUAUCCAGGGACGACUUAAAGCCUGUCAGCAGAGGGAAGGAGAGAGCUACAAGCAAAACUGUGCCAAGGAACUGGAGCAGUUUGCCAAGGUGGCCAAGGCCUACCAGGACCGAUAUUUUGACCUGGGGGCCAAUUAUUCUGCUAGGAAGUGCUUGGCAAAGCAGAAGCAGAGGAUGUUGGAAGAGAGGGCAGCUAAAAAAGCUGCUGCUGCUGCUGCUACCUGAGGGUUCCUGUGAGAAGCAAUAACCUCCAUUGACUCUUGUUGUAUUGCUAAAUAAAGCAACACAAACAGCC